CGUCCACAUAGAGUUCUUUCUGAAAGUAGACGUUGAGUUACCCCCCAGGACUAAUCUAAUAUGCCAACUUGUGCAGUAUUCCCGGCGCGUUCGACGCUCGUAUUCGUCCUUUCAUGGAUUGUUCUAACUUUGGGAACGAUAUCGGAAUCGGCGACACUGUCUGCUGCAAGCACACGGCAAAAGACUCUCCAUAUAUCGACAUGGUCCAUACCAUCAAGUUGUACCCCAAGCGGUCAAACGCCGCUGUAUACCCCAGAUACAGUCUAUCUUAUCGACACUUGCGUAUUCAUGGGAGAGAAUUACGCAACGGGGUCGACGCCCGCCAUGUACUGGUACGGACAGUACAAAUGGACUGCAAAAACCGGAACAGUUGAGAAAGUGCAGUGUCUCGAUUCAGGUUGUACCGUCUGUGCAGACCCGAUUGUAGUGGAGCAAGGUGUCGGUGUAGGACCAUGCGCGGCGAAAGGACUGGUGCUGGAUGAGGCUUGGAAUGCCACGAAAGCCGGACUACCUCGUCCAUAUAUCAACAACACGGACGUCUUCGUGCAAUCAUUUCUGCUCUCAGCAAAAGAUACUGCUACAUAUGUAGUUACAGGCACCUUUGAUCCAUUUUAUCGGAACUGCACCUCUGUGUUGACAGACAUGUGGGGUAUUUCAGAAGUUCGACCUCUUCUUGCCGGGACGUCCCUCCUAAACACAUACCUAUGCAAGACCGGGAGAUGCGACAUCGGAACGGAUUCGUGCCGGUUAGCAUACUCUGCCAGCGCAUUUAACGACGUGACUCUGCAACAAUAUAAUGCGUCCGUGAACGACCCUAUACCCGCCGUACAAGUUGAGACAUCAGAAGAUGGCUGGGGAGUAUAUGAUAGCGGUGUGCUGCUGGGCCAGAGUCAAAAUGUUUGGCCCAUUUACUUGGCACAUUUGGCUAACAACGACACGGAGUUACCAACGCCGACUUCAACAUACCUACCAACGCCUACGUCAACUUUUGAUGCCAACAGUACCAAUGGCACGGUUAAUGGCACGACGACCAAUUCGAGUCCUCAAGGCCGUAGUCUUAGCAUUAUUCACUCCAUAGUGCUAAUCGCUUUGACAUCCGCAAUCAUCCAGUUUGUUCUGUAGAUCACGAUAUACCUUAGACUAGAUAUCAGAAUUCAUAGGAUGUUGCAAGUUCUCUCUUGUUCCCUUAUUCAUCCUACAUACCAUAACAAAGGAGUGGGUGCUUUUAGUGUAGAAUCUAGUCACAGGAGAGAUAUGUCUUGUGAAUAUAUAGACUGUCAGAGGUUCUGUUUCUGUGGCCACUCAUGAGUAUUUCAUAAUGAUAUUAAGCU